CCAGCCCUAAAAAAAACAACUCUGUGUUUAUCAAGAGAGCAAAGAUCAGGAACUGCUCAGUCCAGGUGCAGACGGAGGAAGAAGGAUCCACACCUGAGCGACGCUUUCGGAGCCAAAACAACAACACAAACACGAGAAACACGAGAAAAACGAGAAGAAACAGACUAAGAGUUUGUGGAUCAGCUCUGAGUUUUGUGCGGUGACACAUUUUCUUCGGUCUCAUUGUGGUUUUAGAGACAAAAUGGAUUCCAAGCUGGAGGAGGACCUGACCUGUCCCAUCUGCUACCGGCUCUUCAGGGAUCCUGUGGUUCUGUCGUGCAGCCACAGCUUCUGCGAGGUCUGUCUGCAGGUCUGGUGGAUGGAGAAACCCGUAAGGACGUGCGCGGUUUGUAAGAGAAAGUCCUCGCAGGCCUUUCCUCCGAUCAGCCUGGCCCUGAGGAACCUGGUGCAGACGUUUGAGGAGCACAGGGGGAAGGUACCGUCAGAGCUCCUGUGCGGCCUUCACUCGGAGCAGCUCCGGCUCUUCUGCGUGGACCAUCAGCAGCCGGUGUGUCUGAUCUGCAGAGACUCCAGGACUCACAAAGACCACAGGUUCAGUCCCAUGGAGGAGGCGGCCGAGGACCUGAGAGAACAUCUGAGGACGUCCAUCAAGACUCUGCAGGACAAACUCCAGGUUCUGACGGGGACGAAACAUCAUUUGGAAGACGCGGCGGCUCACAUCAGCGCCCAGGCUCGACAGACGGAGGCACAGAUCCGACAGCAGUUUAAGACGCUGCACCAGUUUCUGCUGGACGAAGAAGACACCAGGAUGAAGGACGUGAGGGAGGAGGAGGAGCAGAAGACCCAGAGCAUGAAGGAGAAGCUGGACGCCGUGAGCAGAGAGCUGGAGACCGCGUCCACGACCAUCAGAGAGGCCGAGGAGCAGCUGAGGGCCACGGACGCCUCCUUCCUGCUGCAGUACAAGUCGACGGCGGAGAGAAUCCGGCGCCACCUGGAGGGCGAGGAGACGAAGAUGGAACGCGGGGCUUUGCUGGACCAGGCCAAACACGUGGGCAACCUGGGCUUUAACAUCUGGAGGAACAUGAAGACCGCGGUGAGGUUCUACCCCGUCAUUCUGGAUCCAAACACGGCGGCGCCCGAACUCGUCCUGUCCGAAGAUCUGAGCUCGGUGAGGAGGGGGACGACGCAGAAGCUCCCGCAGAACCCGGACAGAUGCACAGACCACAACGUGUUCCGGUCUAAAGUGUUUCGGUCGGGGACUCACAGCUGGGACGUGGAGGUCGGGGACAACAAACGAUGGUCCGUGGGCGUGAGCGGACUGGUCCUGAGGGACGGGCGGACCGAGCCCGGAGGUUGGUUUAUAAGUUUCAGUAACGGAGAAUACUCGGCGUGUUCCCACCCGGACCCGGUCACGCCGCUGCCCGUGACCAGUCUGCAGAGGCUCAGGGUGAAGCUGGACUUUAACGAAGGGACGGUGAUUUUCAGCGACCCCGACACAAACGCCGACCUGAGCGUCUUCACGGGCGCCUUCACCGACGGACUCAUCCCGUAUUUGUUCACAGAAGACGACAACAUCCCGCUGAAGAUUUUACCAAAGGACGCCAUCGUGAAGAGGAAAUACUGAAACUUUAAAGGCUGUAUAGAGGAUUUUUUAAGGGAAAAGAAAUACAGCGACAAUCCUUUUACAAAUGUUGUGCAUGCGUGACACCACCUUCCUCCUCCACAGCUCGUUUACAGCCAGUGCGCGUUCAGAAUUACUGUUGAAGUGACCUGUCUAGAAAUUAUUUUUUUAGACAGUUUUUAGACCCUUUGUCUGCUUCAUUCAUGCAAUCGCUGGAAGACACCUCCACGAAUCACCUCAGUUUGGCUUUGCUCCUUUUCCCCUUCUCUUCUUCUUUCAGCGACCUCAAAAACUGACUUUCUUUUGCGGUGAACUGGUCGUGGAUUCUCGUCCGCCAUCGCAACAAACUUUGUGCAAACUGCGAGGAAGUACAGUUUAAAAAAGCCUCUAAGAACCGCUGCAUAAACCACUUAAUCCCCAAGCACUGGCAAGUCAGUUACACUAGGGAGUUUGAUUGACAACCUAACAGCCAAUAGAAAAUGAGGGAGCCUGGUUUUCUAUUGGCUGAUUUUCUCUGGCUUCACUACGUCCACAGUUGAUAGAUUUUCAUUCUUAUUAUAAUUUUUUUUUUUUUUUUGGUCAUAAUAAUUACAAAGCUGCUGCAUCUCUGUAAUGGAAUUUAAACUUUCAUUGACGAUUUGAAACAAACAAAAAAAAUCCUCCAUACAACCUUUAAGAGUAAAGGUAUGCAAAAAUAUUGAACUAUCGAUAUAUCAAACCGUUUAAUGUGAUGAAACAGUAUUGAUAUCGUGGGCUGCUGUAUCGAUAUAUCACCAAGAGUAUUUUUGAUAUAUUUUACUAAAUUAUUUUGUUACAGUUGUACAGUUUUUGAUGCUUGUUUUGAGGAAGGAAACUCAUUUGACAUUUUCACAGUUUUAAAUGUUUGUGUUUCAUAUGAACUUUGCAAAAGAAGUGGUUUAACAAAGUCUUCUAGUGUCACAGCUGUGAUUUAGACUUUAUUUUUUACUGAAGCACAUCAAAUCGAUUUGAAAUUUGAUUUGAAUCAAUUUGAACAGAAAUCGAACAACAUCCCAGCUGCAAUAAGACCAAGUUUACACUGAAACGAACCUGCAUAAAAAAAGCCUUUGUCAGAUAUUUUUCUUGCUUUGGGUGUGCUGUGGUCCAAAGUAAGAAAAAUAUCUGACAAAGGCUUUUUUCUGAAGAAAUGUUAUUUUGAAAAUUAAAAAGCUUUUGGAC